AGCCCCAGGCCAGAGUAUGAUUAUGUUUCCAUGAGAGUUGAGGAUGAUGAUGAAGCUGUGAUAAUUGAAAAUUCUGAAGAUGCAGAAAAUGGACUGUCCACACAAGACUGUGUGUCAGUGGAACAAAGUGCUCCAGUAAACAGUGAUGAUCACUACAUGACUCAACUUACAUAUGGAGAGGAAGGUUUGUCAGUACUGAGUGAGCCAGCCGUGUCACAGAUGAGCCAUUCUACAAGCGUGCAGCGAGAUGGGCAGAUUCCAGAAGACAUGGAGUUCGUAUUUUUGCGUAAAAGACGGCGGCUUACCCCUUCUCUGAUGAGAAAUAGCAUGAUAAGAGCCAGGGAAACAGAAUACGAAGAUGAUGGAAGUGUCAUUUAUGAAUAUGAACCAGAUUAUGAAUGUGGAAGUGUUCUGUCUGAAGCAUCCUACACAGGAGAUCAGCAGAAAACCCUGAUGGAAGUCCUCAACUACUGUCAGGCCAUGUAUGAUGCUAUUCAGAAGUUGGAUAAGAAAUUUGACCUGCUUCAUCGAAAGGUUUCAGAAAUGCAACACAACCGGAUGAAGCCAUUACUCCUCAAACCUAGGCCCGUUGGAUUUACAUACAGAAGUUCCAAUCAUUUCUCUCAUGGAAAAAUUAAAGUACAGAAACCAAUGGAAAGAGAGUCAAAUCUCCACAUCUCUGCCCCAGGACAAGGAGGAUAUAGCACAUCAAUGAGGGUUAGGCUACAAAAGAGCCAUCUCCAGGCCAAUUCGGCAAUAAAACCUGUUCAACAAACUCUUCAACAUGAAUCACAACAACCUGUGCUUAGGCAGAGCCCGCCUCUACCCACUAUCGUCUCCACUCACUCACUUCAACCCUCAUACUCAGUGGCUAACAGGAUCCCUGACCUUCCUCCACAGCCAAAUCUUGUAACCACAGUCGUGGAGAGCACUGCCAAUACAGCAACUUCAGCAGUGGGUUCCUCAAUGGUGUCAUCAGUGAUACCUACCCCACCUGAAACCAAUCUGGGGAGAAGCACCAUGAUGAUGAAUUAUACAACCUCACCAGGAAGUGCAAAUAUUAGUAAAGAAGUGCCAUCUUCUUCUGUCUCUAUCAAUCCUAGUUUUGAGUAUGUUGGUGAUCCAAAGAGAAAUGUAAAGGUUCUUGGAAACUAUUUGAUGAAAGCCCGACAAAAGACCAAACCAAAGUAUGCAGCACGCUACCUUGUCCGUGUCUUGUUCCCCAAGGAAACAUUGCUGUGUAGCAUUAUGGGUGUCAGUGCACGAGGGCGCAGAACGUUGGAUCCUAACAAGGUUGCUGCAGUAAGAGAAUUUCUUGCAACUCAUUUCCCAAAUUAUGACCUGAGUGAAUAUGGAAGAGACUGGAAAACCUGCAUCACAAACGUCAAUGCCAUGAUCCGUUGCUUACGCUGUGAAACCAAAAUAAAUCCAGAGCCAACUGAAGGUAAAGAAAAACCUGCUGACACUCCAGACACAUCCAUUUGUGUAGAUUUAAAUUAUAACGGAGAGGAUAGUGAAGUCAAUUCUCAAUCCGUGCAGAAAAUGACCAGCUCAACAACAAACAGACUUCAGAAUACCACAUGGGAUAAAAUCCCAGAGAUGUUCCAUGCACCUUCAUCCAAUAAACUACAGUCUUUGGAACCAAUGGAACACCUUGGGAAUCCAUGGCGCAAUGUUCAGUUGCCCUUCUCAGUUAUUUAUGUAGCCAAGGGGAAGUCUCGACCAGAAUUGUCUGCUCGGUAUCUGAUUCGCCAUCUCUUCACAGAAGAUGUGUUGGUGAAGAGCAAUGUUUAUGGUAAUCUGGAACGUGGCAUGUGUCCACUGGACUGCAACAGGAUCAAUGCUCUCAGAGACUUUCUUCAAGAGAACUACCCAUCUUUUGAUCUAAAGGAAACUGGAUAUGAUUGGAAAGCAUGUGUGGCUGCCAUAAAUAGUACAAUCCGCAGUCUUAGACAUGACCAUAAGAAAGCUGCAAUUGGAGUCCGAAAGAAAGCCUUGGCCACACCAGCAUCAAAUGAAAAGAGUCCUCCGCAAAGCCCUACUUCAGUAAAGCCGUAUGAAAGCAACACUAUCAACCUUACAGACUAAAAUGCUACAUGUCUUACAACCACGUGACAUUUCUUGCUGUAGGCUGUUCAAAAUGCUAUACAGAAGUCAGUCUUGUUUGCUUGUCCCUAGCACUGUGUAAUAUACUUCACGAGGCCAAAAUGCCAGAAGACUUGGGAUUCCUCUUUUCUUAAGCCAGUGGCACUCAUGCCCAUCAUAGAGAUGACCAAUGCCAUUUGGUGCUAGAUUGCAUGAUGGGCACUAGACUGACAAAUAUCUACUUUCAGUGAAGUACUGGCCCCAGAAGAGAUCAUUUUGCCUUGAAGGAGUACAUUGCGCAUCAGAAAGAGAAAAUUAUUGUCCCCCUGGACAAAAGAAUAAGGAUUCACAAAGCCUGUCUGGGUCAAGCUUCUUAUGUUUGAGAAGGGAAACUUGCUCUAACAGCUGGAUAAUAUAAAUGAAAAAAAUUAUAGCACAGAAAGGAGAAUGUGAUCUGUAUUACACCACUUUUGGUUGGUGGACAUCUUGGUUUUUUUCUUCCAUCCUACAAAAAAAGAUUUGUUGUAGGAUAAGGGAAGAUGAAGACAACUACAACAAAUAUAAUUGCUAAGUAAUAUUUUCCUUUUCCCAGUGGUUUGGCUCUUGCCUGGAAUAUUGAGAGAGAAUAUUUUUGUAUAUAUAUAUUCUGGUUCUCUUUUAUUCAGUGUAAAUUACAAAAUAUAUUCAUUUGAAGGAUACUUAAGGAGUAGCAUACCAACAUAACCCACUGUUUUGUGUUUGGUAUAUGUUCCCUCUCUGUCUAAUCCACAGAGGAAGGAGUCUGCUUGAACUUACAGCUAGAGAAGUUGGAUCCUGAUACACCAAUGAAGCCAAUGGAAGGCUUUCCAUUGACUUCACUGGGCAUGGCAUCAAGCCAUCAGUCCUUUAGCUCAAGCUAAAGAGACUCAUGCUUUAGCUCUGUAUGUCUUGGGUUUUUACUAAGAUUACAGUCCUUACACCUAUUCACACACACCCAAAAUAGUCACACUUUUUAGGUUUUUGGGCAGUUUGUUGUGAGCUAUCAAGCAUAGUUUCUCUGUGUUUUGUAGGUUGUUAGUAGUUGGAAGCAUUUGACAUCUAACUUUACAAAGUCAAGUAUGAAAGGUGAAAAUGCAGAAUAUAUUUUAAGACAUUGUUUGUUUCCAAGAUAGUCAGGAUUGUUGGCGACUGUUGGGGAAGGAGGAAAAAAGGACUAUAAGAUUUUAUACACAUGUUAAUAAAGCAUCUUAUUUUGGAGAUUACUUGACUGUUAUAGUCAUAAUAAAUAUAUGAAUAGAAAAUAACAUUCCAUUUUUUACAUGACUCUCUAUACUCAUGAUGCAUUUCAUUGACAACCCCAUUAGUUUCAUUCAUUCAUAAAUUGAAAUGAAAUUCAACAGCAAUAAUUGGAUGCCAAACUUAAAUAUUUCAUUUGCAGAAAUAAAAGUUUCUGUUGCCUGGCCAUGAGGUUUUUCAGUUAUGGUCAUUACAUAGGUAAUUUUCUCUCUCUCUCUC